AUGUUGCAUGCACCAACUGACCCAACACCAAUACCUCAAUCACCAAAUAUUACAACAUUAUCCCACACUCAGCCCAACCAAUUCCUUGACAACCUCCAGCCCAACCUUACUAUUACAUCUUCACCAAAUAACACCAUGCCGUCACCACCCUUCAUGCAACUACCACCUCUUGAACCCAUACACCCUACAAUCGACACACUCAUGCCAUCCCCAGUAACCACUCCACCUGUAGUUCCUCGGCGUAGUCAACAUGAACGCCACCCACCACCACACCUCCAAGAUUACCACUACUCCAAUGCCAUCAUGCUUCCCCCCGGGCUGUCAUCUUCUCGUCGAGGUACUCAUCACCCUUUAUCUAAUUUUGUCUCUUAUGAUCAUUUAUCUCCAUCUCACCGUUGCUUUAUCACUAGUCUCUUUGCCCAUAGCGAGCCAAAAUCCUUUGCACAAGCUUAUUUAGAUCCAAGAUGGAAGGAGGCUAUGCAUGCUAAAUUGACAGCUCUUGAACAAAACAAAACAUGGACUUUAUGCCCCUUACCACAGGGAAAACGAGCCAUUGGGAGCAAAUGGGUCUAUAAGAUUAAAUAUCGCUCUUAUGACACGAUCGAAAGAUACAAAGCCCGCCUUGUCGCCAAGGGUUACACACAAAUGGAAGGUUUUAACUAUACCGAAACCUUUUCACCCCUUGAUGUCCAAAACGCCUUCCUCCACGGCGAUUUGGAUGAAGAGGUUUAUAUGUUGCCUCAUCUAGGCCUUCGUCGACAGGGGGCAAAUAUGGUGUGUCGACUUCAGAAGUCACUGUACGGUUUAAAGCAAGCAUCACGCAAUUGGUUCUCAAAGUUCUCAACAGCCAUCAAACGAGCCGGAUUUCAACAAUCUAAGGCAAACUAUUCCUUAUUUAUUAAGGAAAUGACAACAUCGCAAUUGAAGAGCUUAAGGGAUUUUCACACAACAAUUUUCGAAUCAAGGACUUAG